AUGCUGGCUGCCAGACGAAGCCUGCUCGCGGCCGCCUCCGCGCGGCGCUGCGCCCCGCGCGCACCCUCCGCCCCGCGCGCGCUCUUCGCCACCGGCGACCAGGGCGUCGCGACUGCUCGGGGCGCCGCGCGCGCGUCCGCCGCCGGGCGUGCGCUGUCCGCGCGCGGCAUGGCCACGGGCAACCCGGGCGUCGCUGUGCCCCCCGGGCAGCCGCGCAAGACUCCACCAAUGCUGCGGCACUGGUCCCCCGAGGCCUACCAGGCGCAAACCGACAUCAAAUAUGAGUACGUGGGGAGGUGGGGACCCGGCGCACCGGGGAGGGGCGUGGUGAUCAUUCGCGCGGGGAUCGAGCACGACGUCGAUCCGAUUGGGACGAAAGCACCCCGAGAGCCGGGAGUCGUCUACUACAGGGAGAAGAUGGGCGACAUCGUGCCCGGAAACCUGGGCCAAGAGUUCGCCGUCGAAGCGGUGGAGGACGCUGACGUGAGCCUGGCGGACUAUGGGGAGCGGCAAAGGGCCAUCGCAGCGGCAAUGGACCGGGAGCAGCCCUCGGGCGCGACCGGUCCAGUUCCGGUUCCGCUUCCGGUGACGGAACCCGGGGGGGACGUCCGCGGAGAGGAGGCGACUCGGGUGACGGUGGAAAUCUCGAGGAGCGUAACGGUGGAAGAAGACCCGCCGCUGAAGAGCCGCCUGUAUAGGCUGCUGAGGAACUUCACGCUUAUGGCGGGCCACCCAUAA